AUGGCACCAUGCCUUUUUAUGGCUCAAGUGGCUCCUGGAACAGUUCUGCCGGUCAGAAUCUUCAUUAACCGCAAACAGUUUGCGAAAAACGUUCAGGAUUCGCGGACUUCAUUUGAGACUCCCAUUUUGUCGAAUAACUCGAUUAUUCGACUAAAAUCACCACUUGUGAGACUUUACCUAUCGAACAUUGAUGCCAGAAACCUGUGCGGGGAGAUAAAAGACGAACUGCUGUUAAUUCUGUACGAGUUGGCAGCUCAGGAAAUUCUCGACAGCAUAAUGGGAAAGUUAAAGAUUGACAACCUCGUGGAAUUCAAAGACAUCAUCGACAAGUUUCCGUCGUUCAAGUCGGCUUUCCAUUCGGAUGCAGCUAGUUGUGGUCUUGUCACCCUCGAAAGAAUAUCCCGCUUUCAAUAUAAGAUGCGUUAUGAGAAAAACUGGACCCUUGACAUCUUCGUCAACGACAUAAGAAAACUGACACGGAUCCGAGAGACGCUUUUGGCUCGGCUUUUGCCAGGAAGCGCGGUUCAGAGCUUUGGUGAUUCCCGUUCGAUGAAAAUUCUCAGACGAACACGACACCAAGUCCCCACACCACCUCAAGUUUCCUCAACGGAAACAACAACAACAACAGCACAAGACCCUCUCAUUUUACAGGAAAGUGAUGACGAUGGCGUGGGCAUACCAGAAGAUACGCUUGAAGUCGUGUCACCAGAAACCAUUCAAGAAGAGAAAAAACCACAAUUUGUCUACAGGCAUUCCCCAUUGCUGAAUCUCGGCAAUUGCAUCGAUAUACACGUUCUGAAGAGGCCCAAGCGAGUUCACAAGACAAGAUGA